UUGCAGUGGCUAAAAUUGAUGUUUUCCCCCACAAUAUAUGUUUGAAGUGGAAUUGUCGUGUGUGUGUGUAAGCUACAUUCCUUUUUGCCAUGCACUCUCUAUGUGUCAUGAGGGCUGACUGUCAAUAGUAAGAGUCCUGCGACACUGAUUUGUUCCAACUGUCUGGAUGUUGAGGAUUUAUCAUCUGGGAUGUGAAUUAACCCCUCUGUUGUGCUAAUAGGAGAAGAGAUGCCCUGUUGAAAUAUUUACUAUCUGCCUCAGAAAAGCUCUGUGCAACCUGUUGACUUCGAGUCUGCUGUAUCCCUGCCAUUCAACUGUAUGGUGAGAGGUGUUCGCUCCUUCCAAUACAUGUGAAUUGUAUACUUGCCUGAAACAUCCAUUCUGUCUGUCUCAGAAGAAGCCCCAUUCAGCCUGUUGACUUCGAGUCUGCUGUAUCCCUGCCAUUCAACUGUAUGGUGAGAAGUGUUCGCUCCUUCCAAUGCAUGUGAACUGUAUACUUGCCUGAAACAUCCAUUCUGUCUGUCUCAGAAGAAGCCCAUAUUCAGCCUGUUGACUUCGAGUCUGCUGUAUCCCUGCCAUUCAACUGUAUGGAGAGAAGUGUUCGUUCCUUCCACUGCCUGUGAACUGUAUACUUGCCUGAAACAUCCAUUCUGUCCGUCUCAGAAGAAGCCCCAUUCAGCCUGUUGACUUCGAGUCUGCUGUAUCCCUGCUAUUCGUCUGUAUUGUGAGAAGUGUUCGUUCCUUCCAAUGCAUGUGAACUGUAUACUUGCCUGAAACAUCCAUUCUGUCUGUCUCAGAAGAAGCCCCAUUCAGCCUGUUGACUUCGAGUCUGCUGUAUCCCUGCUAUUCGUCUGUAUUGUGAGAAGUGUUCGUUCCUUCCAAUGCAUGUGAACUGUAUACUUGCCUGAAACAUCCAUUCUGUCUGUCUCAGAAGAAGCCCCAUUCAGCCUGUUGACUUCGAGUCUGCUGUAUCCCUGCCAUUCAACUGUAUGAAGAAGCCCCAUUCAGCCUGUUGACUUCGAGUCUGCUGUAUCCCUGCUAUUCAUCUGUAUGAGGAAGCCCCAUUCAGCCUGUUGACUUCGAGUCUGCUGUAUCCCUGCUAUUCAUCCGUAUUGUGAGAAGUGUUCGUUCCUUCCAACGCAUGUGAACUGUAUACUUUGUCUGAAGCAUCCAUUCUGUCUGUUUCAGUAGAAACCCUGCACAGCCUGUUGACUUAGAGUUUGUUGCAUCCUUGUGGCCCACCUGUGCUGAGAGAGGUGACUGUCCUUUGUCACGAACGUGAGAUGGGCACGCUUUGUCUGGAAUAUCCACUCUGACGGUGUCAGGAGAAGCCACCUUACUGUAAGACCGUGCACCUGCCGUAUACGUACUUGACUGAUAUCAUUCACCUCAAAUUCCGUACCUGUGGAAGAAGGAAGGAAGGCUGGAAUUACAUACUUACCGGAGGAGACUUACCGGACCCUUCACUUGCCAAACACAUCCCCACCUCAAGGCUGUGUAUCUGCCGUGUACGGACCUGACCGAUAUCCAUCCGUCCCAAAUUCUGCAUCUGUGAAGAAGGGAAGGGAGUUUGGAAGUAUUUAAUUACCAGAGGAGACUUACCAGACUGCGGGCUUGCCGAUUGUAUUCCCACCUGUGAAAUACCUACUUGACCACCCAUCUGUCCAUCUAUUGCGGGGCCCGCACAGAGGAAGAGGGCGGGAGAGUCCCCGGUCGCUGCAUUGUUUACCUUCAAGCCCUGAGGGUAACAAAGAAGAUUUUAGGUUAGGAUUCCCAAUUUGCUUUUACUUCAAAAUAAAACUUGUUAAAUUUAUUCUCUGUCUCCGACUCUUCCCUCUGAUACGCUCCUCGAGGUGGUCCUGGUUUAGGGGUGGGCGCAGUCCAGCUUGGCCCUCCUGACCUGUGACAGAUUGGCGUAGUCGGCAGGGUACUACCUCGAGUUGAGCGACCAGAGGUCGAGAUGGCAGAAGAGGAAGUGCUUGGGGCACGGCAACCCGUCGUGCCAAUCUUUAUGGGGGCUCCGUGGGCUCCGAAGUAUGGAGGCCCGGGAUCCGAAAUGAGCUUGUCGAUGUGGAAGGUACAGGUGGAGUACCUGGCAGGGCUCCAAGGUCUGAGUGCCCCGCAGCAGGUUCAGUUUGUUUUAAACUCCUUGGAAGGGGAAGCGAGGAGAGAAGUUCAGGCAGCACCGGCAGCAACUCGAGCGACUGUCCAGGCCAUUUUUGACUUCCUCACGGGACAAUAUGGAGACACCACCCCGGUAGCUGUUCUGAGGACGCAAUUUUUCAAUUCUCGGCAAGGCCCUCGGCAAUCUGUUCGGGCAUUUACCCUACAAUUACGGGAACAGUUUUCUAGACUUACAGGGAGACAGGAUCAUGGCCUGGGGGGCGAAGAGGUUUUACUACGAGAUCAGUUUUUAGUGGGGCUGCGGGAAGGCCCUGUGCGUCAGAGUCUGCGGGUGCAAUUUCGACGAACCCCGAACCUGACCUUUGAAGAGCUUCGACAAGAAGCACUGGCCCUUGAGUGUGACCACAUGGAGAAUGUAGAUCCUCCCAGCUGCCUAGCCACGAAUGUUGUUAGCACCCCUUCGACUACUACGACAUCUGACUGGAAGCAGGCCCUCCGGGAAGAGUUGAAGAGAGAUGUGCGGGAACAAAUGUCUGACCUAUCUAAAUCUUUUAUGGAGGAGCUUCGGCGAGAGCGCCUCCAGUUGUCCUCUUUACCGCGGGAGCGGGCUUACUCUGAUGGGAACCGUCCUCCCGACCGCCGUCCAUCCCGACCUUCUGGCUCGCGAUUUCAGUGGGAUGAGCAUGGGCGUCCCAUCUGCAACGGCUGUGGAGAGCCGGGACAUUACUUCCGUCAGUGUCCUGCUCGACGUGCAUCGCAAGGGGGUUUUUAG